GUGGACGAUCGCGCAAGACUCCCGGACACUGAUGACCUGUGGAUAACAGCUCUGCCUCAGAUUUCUGCACAUUUCUACAUACAUACAGCAUCAUGACCAGGAAGGUGUUUACCAACACAAGGGAACGCUGGCGCCAGCACAACGUCAACACUGCCUUCGCAGAACUCCGCAAACUCAUCCCCACCCAUCCUCCAGAAAAGAAGCUGAGCAAGAAUGAGAUCCUGCGUCUGGCCAUGCGCUACAUCAACUUCCUGGUGCAGCUGCUGGAGAGCCAGAGCGGCCAGCCGGCCAGCCACUCCCCCACUGCCCUGCUCACCUUCCUCAGAGGAAACAUGGAGCAGCUGCAUUCCCCAUCACACCCCUGGACCAUGACGAGUGACACAGAAGCUCCGUCACCUGGAUCCAGCUGUGACAGCUCAGAGGCCUGGUAGAAGCACAGUCUUCAAUUUAAAAAGACUUGCAGACCCUUUUCUUGGGUCUAAGAAGUUAUCUGUUGCAUUGUGACUCAUGUUUCAGUGCACAACAUUGUGUUUUUUUUUUUUUUUUUUUUUUUUUUGGACCCCAAACAUGGCUGAUAAAGAGGGCACCACCUGUGCACUGAUGAGUGUUGAAAAUGGUUUUGCAGUUAAAAACUACUUUGUGUUUUGCAUGGAACUGUAAAACCUGGAUGUACCUUUUCCUCUUCAUUUCUUCAUGUUAAUAUUCCCUGUUGCUGGCCCGCCCGGAACCAAUUUAGUUUUGCGAUGAGAGUGUGUUUUGCCAGUGAGGAAAGUGGAAGGGAUUAAGGAAUUUCUCAUUUCAAGUAAUAGAUUGAGGAAGGCAUUUGAAAAGAUAAUGGCUCAGCCAAUUCUUUUGACUGUAAUCGUCUCAAAAUAGCCAAGGGCACUUUUUUUUCCUUUCAAUUGACAUGCUGCUUUUUUCCCCCUCAAGAAGACUAAUCUGACCUUUCUUUUUUCCUACUGUCAAGGUUAUGUGACUUCAGAAGAAUCAGUUUAAAUCUUUCUUCCAGCUCUUACACAACUAAGUUGAACAGCUAAAUACUUUUGGAUUUGGCUAAAACAUUUGGCAAAACUGACAAUCUUCUCUCAAUAACUCUUCACAAAGAUCUUUUGUGUUCAAGGUGUUCAUUUGAUUUUAUGUAAAAUACGCAUGUCAUAUAGCCAAAGAUUAACUGAUUGUCUUUUGUGAUAAGUGUGCUAAUUAUCUUCUUAUACCUCUUUUGUAAGUUAUUUUGGUCUGGAUGUGAAUACAUAUGUUAUUUAUUUUAUCUAUUUAUUCAAUAAAUGAUUUGACAAUUGAUCACUAAUUUGAAUUUUAUUAUUUGUACUGAAUCCUUUAGUCCAAAAAAAUAGCGGAAAAUAUUUAACAAAUAUCAGAAUACAAAUCACAGUGAAACAUUUUUAAGUGCUUUUGACAGAGACGUUUUGAAUGAAUAGUGCAUUCUGACAUGAAAAUAACAACAUGCCAGUGGUGAAAUUGUUCAGUGUUUUGUCAAUAGAUAUUAGCAGAUAGGAAAUAGAAAACUACACAAAGUGAAAAAUACCGUGAAUACUGCUUGAAUAGCUCCAGGAACAAUGAAGAAAACAAAAAUUCCUGAAACAGUUUGACAUAUGUUAUAAUUGCCUGGUAGCACUACUUACAAAAAUAACUAUAUACUCAAUGCCAAGGCAAUAAGUAUGCUCACAAACUCAAAGCUUAAAAAAAAGAAAAAUAUGUCAGAGAAAAUAUUAGAUAUUCCUUCUGUUCUGUUGCACUGAUGAGCAACAGAAAGUACCGUGAUCACAGUUUCGCUCCAGAAGGAGCAGCGCUUAUUCCUCUAAGGAGCUGAGAAACUCUAGAGCAACUUUUAAAUUUAUGUGAUCCAGGGCUUCAAAAGUACCAGAAAAUAACAUAUGCACAAAGCCACAGCUACCCAAACCACAGAGGAAAGAGCCACAGGUCUGACUGAGGUUGUCCUACGCAGAAGAAACAGACAUGAAUGUUAAUCUGUGAAUUUUUAACCACGUGUGACAAACAUAUUAGGAUCAAGAAAUUGCUGUAGACAAACAGACCUAUGACUAGAAAAGCUGUAGGAAAUGCUUCUGCAAAUGUAAAUGUGUACUCUGAUUGUUCCAUUCACUGUUUUAUUAUUGUCUUGUGACUUUAAAUGCCAUAAUUUACAGUAAACGUUGUGUAUUAUGACAAUAUGUUAAAACAAUUCUGAUAGGAAAUAAAUCCAUUUUUAAAAUCC